AUGGACUCAGGUGAUCAUCUGCCUGACCCAUUCUCCAGUGAAAGCCUCUGGAGGCUUUCCAAAUUUAGUAUUGAGGCUUUGCAGCCUCUAGAGGCUUUACCGUGGGACGCAGACUUGUCAGGCAUUCUGGACUCGGGUUUCAAAAACGCAUCUUGUGAAACUGGCAACAUUGAGUCAGUAUGGAAGCUUGAUUCCUUGUCAAGCAAUCUCGAAUCGACUCCAUCUUUGACUGAUUCAGUCGCCGACCCUUUGCCUGAACUGCAGUCUGAUGCGCCGACCGAUGACCGCCAAGAUAAUGACGAGGUCGAUGAUAUCUGGAAGUUAGAUUCACUACAGGAGGAGACACCCUAUAUCGCGCCACUCAAGACAUGGGAAAGAUAUCAAGAUCGCUCAUUUUGUGAGCCAGUGUCGGCAUAUUUCAGCGAGUCGGGUGCCGGGGGAUUUGAUGCUGUCCUGAGACGCAAAGCAAACAGCAAAGGGCAACAAAUCGAAGAAAAAUUAGUCCGAAAUGAUAUUUUCAUUCGCUCGCUAUUGCGCUUGGGACUCGGAUGGAGCUCAGCUCUCUUUCGAUACAACAAAGAAACAAAAACAUUUGAGAAAUCCAUGGACAGCAUACGUGUGUCCGGCAUGACCUCAUCAGUGCUAGAUACUGUGAUAACGGACGUCUUGCAGUGCGGAACCCAGAUGCAACAAGUCCGGACGUUUGUCCAGAACGCGCCAACCAAGCCCAAAGAUCUGCCCUCCUUGUCCACUUUGAGAGGAACCGUCGCUGUCAUUAUCUAUAACUUGGAACAACAGAUCAUAAGUUAUUCAAGCCAAGUGGUCUCAGUUUUGCAGAUCAUGACGCUGUUCCGAAGAUGUGGCGACUUGAUCGGUGCUUUGUCCGAUAUUGUUCAUGCAUCAGAGACGGCUUCUUCUGAUGCCCGGAUCAUAUCGAUAGUCAUGGAACGAGCUAUGUUCUUUGCGCACAGAUUUGGGUGGAUGGAGAAUCUUGUGCAAGAGAUUGUGAUCCGCAUACUAGGGCCCUGGCUUGGAUUCGUCGAGUGUUGGAUUGGAUUGCGGCCCAAGGAAGAUUCACUUAAUGAGUUGCUAGCAAGGGGAAGGACAUUCGUUCAACUCGAACAUCAUAACGACAAUACCAAAUUCAAAACUGGAUCUGCUCGGUCUGAGUACUACUACCAGGCCGAACAUAUGCCAUCCUUUAUCCCACGAGACCAAGCACAGACAAUUUUUGAGAGUGGAAGAAGCUUGCGACUUUUAAAAAAGUCACAUCCACAUCACCCUAUUGCCCGACACGAUGUGCUUGCCCGAGCAGGUCCUCUUCAUCUACACUGUGCGACUACAUGGAAUGAUAUCGAGCGUAUCCAGGGAAGAGUCAAUGAGUAUGAAUCGAAUCUCCGCCACGAAAUUUUGAAAUACUAUAGCGGACAGUCGGAUGUACAAACUAUUGCCUUCGAGCCUGCUUUUCGGAGUGAUGACCACCCUGAUGACGACCAGGUGCUCGAGAAAACCUUUGAGUUGUUUGACAUAGAUGAGGGAGAGAAUGCGUCGAGCUCUGUCAUAGGACAGAAGGCGCUUUCGAAUGAUAAGGUCGGCCAAUUCCUUCAAGAGGCUAGAGACCCAAGCUACAGUUCUGAGGAUGCUGGCGCUCAGUUUGGUCCAGACCUGACAUCUGGUAUCUAUCUAUCUCUCGCGCCGAUCAUUUUCUCCCAGGCGCAACUUAUUGAUUUCUCCUGUUUACAUCAUCUGUUUAAAGAACACAGGGUUCGGCACCAUUUGAACCUCCAAUGGCGAUUCCAACUGUUGGGAGAUGGUUCAUUCGCUUCUCAUCUCAGCCAUUCUCUUUUUGAUCCCGAAAUGGCAAGUGGCGAACGAAAGUCUGGCGUGGUUCGUAGCGGUGUGCACACGGGAUUACGCCUCGGCAACCGUGAUACCUGGCCACCAGCGAGUUCAGAAUUGCGGCUCGUUCUUAUCGGUCUUCUCGGAGACUGUUAUUUCUCCGAAGAUGAUACCGAUGCCACCGAAACACCCCAAAACCGAGGUAAAGAACUCCCAGGUGGGCUCAGCUUUGCGAUCCGCGAGUUGACAGACGAGGAGAUCGAGCGUUGUCGGGAUCCCAACGCAAUCGAAGCCUUGGAUUUUCUCCGCCUACAAUACAAACCGCCUGAAGCUCUUGAGCCCCUCAUUACGACACGUUCCUUGAAAAGAUAUGAUCGUCUAUUCAAACACUUACUCCGUCUCCUUCGCAUGGUAUCUGUUGUCAAGGGAAUUGUCCGUGAUUCAACUGCGCGGGGCUCUCUUUCCGGGGACACCCACAAUGUCUUCCAACGAUUCCGAAUCGAAGCUCAACAUUUUGUUCUUGCAAUCAGUGACUACUGCUUUCAAAUCGGCAUUGGGUCGACCUGGAAUCACUUCCAGAAAACUCUCUCCCGUAUUGAACAUUGUCUCGAUCACGGAGAUAUUGAUGGCACAAUCGAAGCAGCUCACUCUGUGCCUCGGCUUCGCGAUUUCCAUGAAGACGUUCUCGACCAGAUGCUCUUUGCAUUCUUCCUCAGCAAGCGUCACGCACAAGCCGCCAAGCUUCUGGAUUCAAUAUUCAGCACCAUUCUUGCUUUUAGCCCAUUGUCUAAAGCAGAUGGGCUAAACGGUCUUCGCCAUGAAAGUGAGGGUACUGUUCUGCAUCUGUAUUCGACUUUCCGCAAACAGAUGUCAGCGUUUCUUGGCUAUUUGCGUAGCCUAGACUCGGGCAAGGGAUCUGCAAAAUCCAUGGCUAAAUCAGAGGCCUUCUUCUCCUCGCGUAUCGAUCCAACCAGUGUCUUUGAACAUAUCCGUCUCAGACUAGAUGUAAAGGAAUAUUAUUGA